AUGCUUUCAUCAACGGGUGAUGAUAUUAUAGAAACAGGGAGGAAUGAUACAAAACAAGUUCGCAAUCGCUCUCCAUCUCCAUUGAUUGAUGCGAGCAUUCCACAGAAACUCUUGUUUGGUUGGGCUUGGCCUCUUCUGAAAUUAGGUUCGCAGCGUCCACUGCAAGAAGUUGACCUACCAAAUGUGCACCCAGAGGACUCCUCUCACUACAAUCGAAAGUAUAUCGACACCCUAUGGACACGCGCCAGGAACUCAGACAAUCGAGGACUGGGAUAUGCUCUCCUGAAGGAUUACUAUGCAUCCACACGAUUUCCCCAAUGCAUUUUGAUACUGAAUAGUGCGGCCAAGAUUGGACAGGCCAUUGCUUUGGGACUAUUGAUGGAACAAUUUACCCAAGAUGCUUCUUCUGCUCCUCAAACAGGAUACUUUUGGUGUGCCGUCAUGGUGGGGUGUGGAUUGAUUGCCUUUCCCACCAAGCAACGAUUGUAUUUUGAAAUGUAUCGGAAAGGAAUGCAAGUGCGAGUGGGAUUGGUCGCCUUGAUUUAUGACAAGUCCAUACGGCUAGCUUCAUCAUCUUCCUCAACGAUGAGUGCAGGAAAGUUGACCAAUCUGGCCUCGAACGAUGUGGAGCGAUUCCUGUUGGCUUCCAUUCCUUCCCUAUAUCUAGCAUUGGGACCAAUUGAAGCCAUUGUCAUUUUGGUGGUGGGAAUCUAUACCACGGGACCAGUAUUUGCAGUAGGUCAUGGUCUAUUUCUUCUGUUGGUGCCACUGCAAGUUUAUUUGGGACGCCGCUUUGUGCGAUUUCGAUCGGAGGUGGCAGAAAUUACGGAUGCCCGUGUCACCUUGGUAUCCCAAGCGGUUUCGGGAGCUCGGAUUAUGAAAAUGAAUGGCUGGGAAAUGGAAUUUCAAAAACGGAUUGCAGCUUUACGAGCCAAAGAGACGGCUAAGCUACGGGCAGCUAGCUCUUACAAGGCUUUGAAUGACGCGAUUUACUACUUUUCGAGCAUUGUGGUCGCUGUGGCAAUUUUCAUGGUCCAAGUAUUUGUGUUGGAGGAACCACUGACACCACGAAAAGUGUAUACAACAUUGACCUUGUCGAAUAUCCUGCACUUGACGCUGACGAAGCAAAUUCCCAAUGCGGUCAUGACCCUAUCGGAAUGCUACGUGUCAUGCAAACGGAUUCAAGAGUUCCUGGAAUUGCCCGAAAAUGAUCCAGGGGAGAGACAAGCUGUGCCAGACGGUAGCGGAGGUACAAUUCUUUCCCUGAAGAAUGCUUCAUUUGACUGGGAGGUACCAGCUGCGAAUGGCAAUGCACUUGCCGACUCGAAGUCGUCCACAGUUGCACUGCACAGCAUUACCUUAUCAUUUGACGCCGGAAAUCUUUACUGCAUCAUGGGGAAGGUUGGUUGUGGUAAGAGUGCAUUGAUCCAAGCUUUGGCUGGAGAAUUGUAUCUCCAAAGCGGCUCAAUCGAACGCAACUUCUCUUCAUUAGCCUAUACGGCACAAGAUCCAUGGAUUAUGAAUGGGUCCAUCCGCGACAACAUCGUCAUGGGGAAAAAAUGGGACAAAGAUUGGUACCAAAAGGUAGUGGAUGCCUGCGGUCUACGUCAAGACCUCCAAGAGUUUCAAAAUGGUGAUACUACCAUUGUUGGAGAUCGUGGAAUCCAAAUUAGUGGUGGCCAAAGAGCGCGAAUCGGUUUGGCACGGGCCUUUUAUCGAGAUGCACAGGUAUUGCUUCUGGACGAUCCAUUAAGUGCUAUUGAUUCCACCCUAUCCAGAUUGAUUUAUCAAAACGCUAUUCAAGAACUUGGAACGAAGCAAGGCAAAUGCAUCAUCAUGGCCACCCAUGAAAAACAGCACGUUGGACCAAACGAUGAUUGCAUUAUGUUGGAUGGUGGGUCUGUCACCUGGAAUGGUCCCUUGGAUUCGGAACAUUCGAGGUUAGCUGACGAGUUCCGAUCAUCCAAGCCGGAAAAUGAAGUGAUAGCUUUGGAGACGAACGAAAUGCCAGUUGGAAAACAAGCUGAGGAGCAAAAGGAAACGCGUGGCACUGGAAUUGUGAAAUGGAAGACAUGGUCAGCUUAUGGGAAAGCAUUGGGAGGAACAUCGACUCUACUAUUUUUCUUCUUGUUCUUUGCGAUCACUCAGAGCACGCUCCUAGUAUUGAUUGUGGAAGUUGGUAGUUGGGCCGAAGCAUCGAGCGACUCGCAGAAUACUGGAUAUUGGCUAUCAGUUAUACUGGGAAUGACUGCAGCUGUGAUAUUCUUGUCCAUUACACGGGCUCAAAUGACGUUUCAUCUACUGAUUGGAGCAUCGAAACGGCUUCAUGACCAAAUGUUGAAUUCGGUCCUAAGAUCCAAAAUCGUAUUCUUUGAUACUAAUCCAUUGGGACGAGUUCUAAAUCGCUUCUCGGCCGACGUUGGGAUAUCCGACGAGACCUUGCCACUGACCAUAUAUGACUUUUCGGUGGGAUUCUUCAUGGUCAUUGGCGGUGUGGUCACGGCAAGUGUAGUUCUACCUUUUAUAUUGGUGGCCCUUCCCCCAUUGCUAUUCUACUUUAUCACACUACGAUCCACUUUUGUGAAAACUACUCGAGAAUUGAAGAGAAUCGAAGGAAUUGCUCGGUCUCCCAUAUUUGCCAUGAUUGGUGAAUCGCUGCAUGGCAUGUCCACCAUUCGAGCGAAUGGUUGCUCCGAGUACUUCAAGUCUAACUUCGAGGCUGCCCAUGAUGCGCAUACACGAGCCUUCUUUUCGUUUGUGGCUGCAUCCCGUUGGUUCGCCACUCGAAUGGAUAUCCUCUCGUUUACCCUCAUGGCCACCGCCAGCAUUUUGGCCGUAUUAUUUCAUGAACAAGGGUGGUUUGAUGUGAACCCAGCAGUCCUGGGACUUGCACUAACAAUUCUGUUGCAAAUUGCGACGACCAACUUUCCGUGGAUUGUUCGACAGAGUGCCGAGAUUGUUAAUCAAAUGGUUGCGGUGGAACGAGUCCUCGAGUUUGGCAGCUUGCCUCCAGAAGCACCUCUAAAUAAGGAUGACGAUAAGAAACUAGCAACUGCAUGGCCUGACAAUGGCUCCAUUCAAGCUCAUGAUCUAUCCAUCAGAUAUCGCGAGUCCUUACCCCUGGCUCUGAAUAAGUUAUCAUUUUCAAUUCCCUCUGGCGCUCGUGUCGGUGUGGUUGGAAGAACCGGUAGCGGAAAAAGCACUCUGGUCCAAACUUUGUUCCGACUGCUGGAAGCGGAAAAUGGUUCCAUCACAAUUGACGGAGUCGAUAUUUCAACUGUUGGCCUUCAUCGCCUGCGAAAGUCUAUUUCUGUCAUUCCACAAAUGCCAACCCUCUUUGGUGGCUGCACCGUGCGAGAAAACUUGGAUUUGUUUGGGGUUUACUCGGAUGAGGCAAUUGCGCAAGCGCUUGACCGCGUUCACAUGACCGAGGCCAUGGCGAAAUUGCCAGAUGGAGUCUCCUCGAUGGUUUCCGAAGGUGGAUCCAACUUUUCCGUCGGCGAGAGACAACUUCUUUGCCUUGCUCGAGCCAUCUUGAAACAGAACAAGAUUUUAGUGCUUGAUGAAGCGACAGCCUCGGUGGACAAAGACACCGAUGAAUUAUUGCACCAAACAUUGAAUGAAGCCUACACCGAGGCCACCAUAAUAAAAAUUGCUCAUCGGCUUGAUACCGUCAUUGAAGAUGACCACGUCUUGGUUCUGGGUAGCGGACAGCUGCAGGAAUCAGGAUCGCCCGCUGAAUUACUUGAGACAAAUGGGACCUUCCAUACAAUGGUAGAAGCCACUGGGGAAACCUUGGCACGAGAACUGAGACGACGAGCCCACUCUUCCGAAACUCGUAGUUGUUGA